AUGUCGACAUACAUGGCGUGUGCCUACAACAUUCUCGAGAACUUAUCACCAAAGGUGUCCCUUCUCCGAAAGUCUAAAACGUUGCCCAAACUACAAACUUACAUCACGAUGUCGACAUUCUUAUUUUAUUAUUCUGUAACCAACGUAUCGAGAUUCUCGUACUUACCUCCCACUCAUUCAUUUAUGUUGUUUGGAUGUUUCCGAGAUAUUCUCUUACGCAAAUCUCUCAUCACUCUUCCUUCUCAUGAUCCCAACGAGAUCUUCUCCUUAGUCUCCCAAUGUUCUUCAUCGAUGUUCUUUGGAACUUACUUCCUCUCUCAGAUAGUUCCCUACACAAUGUCUGCUGCUUCACCAUCAGCCAUCCUCUGCAAUGCCUCCGAGUCAGACCCUUGUCGUGACGACUCAGCAGCGUUUCUACUGAAACUAGUAGCCAUUGCAUCAAUCCUCUUAUCUGGUGCAGCAGGUGUAUCUGUCCCCCUCAUAGGCAGGAACCGUCGGUUCCUUCAAACGGACGGUAACCUCUUUGUAACCGCUAAAGCCUUUGCGGCUGGUGUGAUCCUCGCCACGGGGUUUGUUCACAUGUUAGCCGGCGGCACGGAGGCUUUGAAGAACCCGUGCUUACCGGAGUUCCCUUGGUCUAAGUUUCCUUUUCCGGGGUUCUUUGCGAUGGUUGCUGCUUUGAUCACUCUGCUUGUGGAUUUCAUGGGGACUCAGUACUAUGAGAGGAAGCAGCAAGAGAGGGAGGCUGAUGAUGAACAGUCUCGGAGUAUUGUUGUUCCCUUGGUUGCUGAAGAAGGAUGUAGUGGUGAGAAAGUGUUUGGAGAAGAAGAGAGUGGUGGGAUUCAUAUUGUUGGGAUUCAUGCUCAUGCUGCUCAUCAUAGACAUAGUCACUCUCAUGGUCAUGGUUCUUGUGAUGGACAUAGUAAAAUCGACAUUGGUCAUGGUCAUGGACAUGGACACGUUUUGGAGCUUGGAAUAGUGUCACACUCCAUUAUCAUCGGUAUAUCACUUGGAGUAUCUCAAUCUCCAUGCACAAUCCGGCCUCUAAUCGCAGCACUAUCCUUCCACCAGUUCUUUGAAGGGUUUGCGCUCGGUGGAUGCAUCUCCCAAGCGCAGUUCAAGAACAAGUCAGCGACCAUAAUGGCAUGUUUUUUCGCCCUCACGACGCCUAUAGGGAUCGGGAUUGGAACUGCAGUAGCGUCCUCUUUCAACUCUCACAGCGUUGGAGCGUUGGUCACUGAAGGUGUCUUGGAUUCUCUGUCGGCAGGGAUACUUGUGUACAUGGCUUUGGUGGAUCUUAUUGCUGCUGAUUUCUUGAGUAAGAGGAUGAGUUGUAACUUUAGGCUUCAGAUUGUUUCUUAUUUGAUGUUGUUUCUUGGAGCUGGACUCAUGUCUUCUCUUGCUAUUUGGGCUUAG